GUGUCCUGCCCUUGUAGGCUUGACUUGGAACAGCCGUGGCAUCUGUGGCUCCUCAGCCCCUGGUGCCCUUGAACCUCCGUUCUUGGCUCACACCAUCUUCCCUCCGAAGCUGUGUCUGCAGAGGUCUCCAACAUGAAAAGAAACACACACAGAGCUGCUUGGCUGAGUCCUAGCCCUGACGAUGAAGCCUUGCUUUUGAGGCAGAAGCACAAAUUGCUACAAGUCAGAGAAAAAGGAGACCUUGCUCUGCAGAGAAGACAAGAUCUCAAGUGGUGGAAAAGCCAGCAGCUCCAGCACUUGGCCAAGGAGUUGAGGACAGAGUGGCAGGGGGCCCCCAGCCAGCGAGUCCGAGGUCUGGAGAGGCUGUAUUUAAUGCAUCUCUUAGGUUUGGGAGGAGGACAGCCUAAGGAUCAUGAACCUGACCUGGAGCUGCCAGCCCAGCGAGGAGCAGCCCGGCCACCAAGGGCCAGGGAGAAGCACAGAGCAGCCGUCAGAGAAGAGAAGAGUUGCAAAGAAGAGCUGAUGAGACAGCAGCCCUGGCACACCAGGCCUCAGAGGAGAGCAGCGGGUUUGGAGAAGCAGGGAGCGACCAAGGCUGUGGGCCCGACUCCUCCGCCCCCGAGCCCGCCCGAGAAGCAUAAGGGGAAACGAGCGCCUUCCACAAAGACCAGCGGUGGCCAUCGUCCUGUGGACCCUCGCGUGAGCAAGGGCCUGGAUGUGGAAAAGCUCUUGGUUGUGGCAGGAAAGACCAAGGACCUGGAGGAAAGGGAGAAAGAAAUCACCCGGGAGGGGAGGAGGCAGCUGGGAAAGGGGUCAGCUCAUCUUGUUCAAGGCCUGAGAAACACCUCUCUGCAUCAGAGUCCCGAGGGCAGAGCGAGAGACCUGGAACAGCUGUGGCCAGUCGGCUCGACUUGCAGAAGGAGAGCUGCGCCGCAGGCAUCUCAGUGCGAGCGCGGUGACAAGAGCAAGUGGCAGAGAGAGCUCGAGUUUGCCUUCGAAGAGUUGUUUAACACAAACAGGAAGCUGAAAAAACACCUGAGCUUGUACCUUGAAGCUAGGCCCGGGAUGGAUCAGAACCCCAGUGAAGAACAGGGCUUCUCAGAGAGGCAAGAACGGAGAGGUGAGACCCAACGAGAGAAGAAAACCCUAGAUGCAGAAAUGGAAAUGGUGCCUGCCCGGGAAUCCGCAAGUCCAGCGGAGGUGGACGCCCACCAGACACCAUCCAGAACCAGUUUGGAAAAGUUACUAAGCAAGCUUGAGAACCAAAAAUAUCGUCGGAUGGCCAAGCCCACAUUUCAGAAUGAGAGAAGGUUGUUGUCUCCUGAGGCAGGAACAUUUGUCAAUGAUGAGAACCCGCUCCUGCACAGCACGGAACCUGGACGAGAACUGCCCAGACCCGACACGCUGGACACGUGGCCUCACCCACAAGGACAGGCGGGCAGGGUCGGCUUGGUGGUGUCAAAGCAACAGCAGGAAAUGGAGAUGGAAGCGAGAAGAGGAAAGCAGCUGGAAUUGAUUGAACAAGCUGAACCCCCGCAGAUGAGCUUGGAAGCCCACUCCCAGACAGAGCGUGAGGAUGAGAGACCGGAGCAGACAAGAGCUCGCCUGGCUCGUCUGCAGUCUUCCUCCCCUCGAGACCGGGAGGAGGGAGGAGGGUGUGGGCCCGAUGCUGCUUCCGCCUCGGCCGCCAGCACCACCGACGAUGACGGGCACAGUCAGAUGAUCUGUGACCUUCAGCAGCAAAUUUUAGAGGCGAACCAGUUGCACAAGCAGUUUCUUGAAGAAGCCAGGAAGCGCUUGCGAGAGUUUCAGAGAAUAUGAUAAAAGGGAAAGUCCCAUCCGUGAUAAAUACAUCGCUGAUGACUGGGCGUUAUGCUGAACUGGUC